ACGGCACGUGCAAGUUCAGGGCUUACGUGUGUCGGGUGUGCAACCGAGAUGGGCAUUUGAAGAGGAUGUGCCCUAGACUGCGCGAGGAACAGCUGUUCGCGAUGCGUGAUGGAGGCGCGAACGAGCAGGUGGCGUAUGAUGACAGCGAGGAAAGUGACGAGUUCCAGGUUUAAAGAAGUUUUUGAAGACGGUUUGGGGCGGUUCACGGGCGGCAAGGUCGGGUUCGCGCUGCGCGAGGGGGCGCGGCCGGUGUUCCUGCGCGCGCGCCCGCUGCCGUACGCGCUGCGCGAGCCGGUGGAGCGCGCGCUGGACCAGCUGGUGCGCGACGGCAUCAUCACCCCCGUGCCCACGUCGGACUGGGCCACUCCCGUCGUACCGGUAAUGAAAAAAGAUGGGACUAUCCGUUUGUGUGGCGAUUUCAAAUUGACUCUGAAUAAAUGUUUGCAAGUGGAUCAUUUUCCAGUACCUCGAGUCGACGAUUUAUUGACAAAGUUGCAUAGGGGAGAUAAAUUUUCGAAAAUUGACUUAUCGCAAGCAUAUGCGCAAUUCGAAUUAGAUGAGUCUAAACAAUACACUGUAAUUAAUACUCACAAGGGCUUGUAUAUGUACAAUCGGUUAAUUUAUGGCUUGGCUUCCAGCCCCGGUAUAUUUCAAAGAAAGCUGGAACAAUUGUUUGCGGACUUACCGACGGUAGGGGUUUUCUUGGAUGAUAUUAUUAUAACCGGGGCGGACGAUCGGGCUCAUUUAGAAACACUCACGGAGGUAUUUGAAAGGUUGCGGAAGUAUGGGUUAAAGGUUAAGAAAGAGAAGUGCACAUUUUUUGCUCCGUCGGUGACGUAUUUAGGUUUUGUGAUUAGCAAAAAGGGUGUGCAUACCUGUCCUGAUAAAAUUAAGGCUAUUAAAGAAGUAGAUGAGCCUAGUAACGUAUCAGAGCUUCGCUCGUUUUUGGGCCUCAUUAUGUAUUACGCCAAAUUCGUACCUAACAUCAGUACUAUAUUAGCACCAUUAUACAGACUUUUGCAAAAAAAUGUUAGUUUCAUAUGGGACGAAAAUUGUAGGGCGGCGUUCAAUAAAAUCAAACAAAUGUUAAUUUCUAGCGCCAUCUUAGCUCAUUACUCGCCUCAUUUGCCGUUGAUUUUGACCACGGACGCUAGCAGCGUGGGCGUUGGCGCGGUCAUCUCCCAUUUGACGCCCGAGGGCGAGCGGCCGAUUGCGUAUGCAUCGCGGGUAUUGAAUUCAGAAAAGGCGUAUUCUCAAAUUGAACGCGAAGCUCUGUCGAUUAUAUAUGGCAUAAAAAAAUUCCAUCAAUAUUUGUAUGGUAGGAAAUUCACGUUAAGAACUGACCAUAAGCCUUUAGUGUCGAUUUUUGGCGAUAAGUCCGGUAUACCGGUAAUGGCCGCCAGUAGGAUGCAGCGUUGGGCGGUUAUACUCGCGGGGUACGAUUAUGACAUCGAAUACGUGCGUAGCGAGAAAAAUUCGGCCGACGCGCUAUCCCGUUUACCCGUUGGAAUACGUUCGGAACCGAACAGCUCUAAAUGCACACGCGAAGUCACUUAUUUGAAUUUUGUGCAAAAUUUCGUGCCAAUUACAAGGAAGACUUUGUGCCAAGAAACGGGUAAGGACAACAUUCUUACAAAAGUAAUGUUGUUCAUACAGUCCGGUUGGCCGGCAGUUUGUACCGAUGAGCAGAUUAAACCUUAUUUUUCACGCCGCCAUGAAUUGUAUAUAGACACAGGUUGUAUAGUAUGGGGUUAUAGAUUAGUGAUUCCAAAGACAUUACGGAAUGAGGUGUUGAAAGAGGUGCACAGUGGGCACAUGGGGAUAGUCAAAAUGAAGAGUAUCGCGCGGAGUAUUGUAUGGUGGCCGGGGAUCGAUGCGGAAAUUGAAAGCGUUUGUAAAGCGUGCACCACGUGCACAGCGGAGAGUACGGCCCCGGCGAAGGCGGCCCCACAACCCUGGCCAUAUGAGUCAGAAGUGUGGUCACGGCUACAUCUCGAUUUUAUGGGUCCUAUUCAAGGUGCCUCGUUUUUGGUAUUAAUUGACUCAACCUCGAAAUGGAUUGAAGUUUUCAGAAUGAAUAAAACAACUGCGAACGACGUAAUACGGGUGUUACGAGAAACAUUUGCGCGUUUUGGCCUUCCUAAAGAGAUUGUAUCGGACAACGGGCCCCCGUUUUCUAGUCAAGAGUAUGAGCGUUUUAUGACAUUUAACGGUAUUAAGACGACAUUUGCACCCAUAUAUCAUCCUUCCUCGAAUGGAGCCGCAGAACUGGCGGUUAAACUUUGUAAGCGGGUAGUUCGGAAAGCCAUACGCGACGGCGUCGAUGUUGACGCCGCGUUGCAGUCAUAUUUAUUAUCUUACCGUAAUGUAGACCACAGCACAACCGGCGCAUCACCAGCGGCCCUAUUACAACGUAGGACAUUAAGAACUCGGCUUGAUUUAUUGAAAUGUAGGAGACAAUUAGAAGAUAAGGUGAUUCAGAGUCAACGCAAACAAGUCGAAUAUGCGGGAGGUGUUGCUAGGCAGAUGGAUAUUGGAGAGGAGGUGUGGGCGCGUAAUUAUACGGGAGGUGAGCGAUGGAUAGGAGGAAAAAUUGAACAAAAAUUAGGAUCACGUAACUAUAUCGUUAGUAGGGAAAAUGGUCCACCAAUCAAACGACAUAUUGAUCAGCUUAAAACUAAAUGGGCUAGCACGAUUGAUGUGUCAGUACCUAACUCUCCGAAUUCAGUAGAACCACCAAACGAAGUUCCCACUUGUACAGCAGCGUUGCCGGUGACGGGAGGGGUACCAGAACCUGGGCCUAGCCCGUCCGAACUAAGGGCCGUGACGGAGCCGUUGCCGGGUCCACCUGUCGCGCCCCCUACCCUGCCAGCCCCCGUGGAGGGCCCUAAACCGACUCGCGCUAGGAAACCAGUCAAAAGAUACGGGUUUGACUUUGAUUAGUGGUUAAAAUGUUUUUCCUUAUUUAACUGGCAUUAUACUUA